AUGCGUCUUCCGACGCUCAUCGUCACUUCUGGAUGGUUCCAUGCACGACCACCACGCCCGCGUGAUGAUGGACCACGUUUGGGGUACGGAACAGAUCUUGAUCCACGGUCACUAUACGAACCUGGCGAGUCCGAGGAAGAUGUCGCAUCUGGAAUAGUUUGGCUGCGUAUCAAGGAAGCUGAUAAUUUUAUUUCCGUUCCAUCGGGUCUUGUUCUAGACGUAUGGAAUGUACAUGCGUUAGCGUAUAAUACAUUUGGAUCUCGAAAAGAAGAUGUUGAAUUGUAUACCUCUAAAUGUUUUUCUUGA